AUGGUUUCUUCAAGUCAAAAGUCACUGAAGGAGACAUACCAGGCUGAGACGAAAGUGGAUUGGGAUCCUGUGCAUGACGCCAUUGGGGAUUUGCUCGUUCCUAUCGCCCCUUUCCUGAAGAUGUAUUCUCUAUUUAUGCAAAACUUUUCCAACUCGAUGCAGUGCAUUGAGAAUGAGCAAAGAUCCAAUGAGCGGUUUCGUUCUUUUCUACGAGAGGCAACUAAGAACUUUGAUGGCGCAUCUUCACGUGGGACGCUGCUGGGUUUGGAGGCGCAGCUGCUAAGUAUCGUGCAACGAGUACCGCGUUACCGACUUUUGCUCCAUGCACUUCUUCAAAAUACGCCUCUUGAGCACAAAGACCAUCCUUGGCUAAGCGAAACAUAUGCAGUUGUGGACCAUAUUGCCACGUUUGUCAACGAACAUGUUCGACAACACGAACUCACGCUUGCAGCGAUCACACUUCAGCGCACAUUAAUUGGCCUUGAUGAACCACUUGUUAUUCCGGGUCGUCGAUUGAUUAAGUAUGGUACCCUACUUAAAACCCGUCGGAAAGAUAUUCAGCCGCGUCGGUUCUACCUCUUCUCGGACUGCCUUAUUAUUGCUGCAGCUAAUUCAGACACUUCAUCUUUGGUCUUUGAGGAUGAGUCACAGCUCUCUUCGUCGAAAUUGCUUUAUUCUGUCCAAAAUCACUCCAAUGAUCAUUCAAGUGAUUCAUCGAUUGAUCGAUGUUCCUCCCAAUCAACCCAUGGUUUAGGCGGCGCCAAUGAAAUUUUACAUUUAACGAACAAACUGUACCUGUCAGAUAUGACAGUUAUAAGCUACGAUGAAUGGCCAAUGUUGCCUUCAGAAUCACUGUCAAGCUCCCGGACUAUGCCCUCUAUAUCAAGUCGGCCUAUUCCUUCGUUGCGACACAAGUUCGAGAUUUUAUCGCCGCAAUGUAGCUUUUCUCUGUAUGCAUCAACUAAAGCAGCUAAGGACAGCUGGGUCUCUGCCAUUCGUGACACACAAAGCGAAUUUCAAACGAGUCUUCCAUCCAUCCGAAAGAGCAGUGAACUUUCUGAGCGACCGCUCUCCUUUACCUCUCUCAGCAGCGACGGUACGAUUUUUGAUGGUGACUUAUCAGAAUCGGAGCAAGUUUCGAUGAGCACUGAAUCUAGACGGCCAAAAUCCAAGUCCAUGCUGUUUACGUCCUCACAAACCACCCUGCCCUCACUUGAGGAUUAUCAUGCACCGGUAUGGGUCCCUGACAGUCUCGUGAAGCGGUGCAAGCGCUGUUCGGAGCCAUUCAAUAUUUGGCGACGCAAGCACCACUGCCGUUUGUGUGGGAAUGUGUUUUGUGCUUCUUGUUGUUCCGGACUUUUUCUUUUGCGCGGAACUGCAUCCAAGGUACCUAAUGUCCGUGCGCGAGUGUGCGUCACCUGCUACACGUCCAACUUUUGCUCAUCCAUGCCUCACACACCCACCAGGCCACGAAUGUCUCGCUCACUUUCUUCGUCGAACUCGGACCUACUGGAUACGUCUGUGCUGUCUUCGUCGCCGCUGACAUCACCUACGAGGUCGAAUGCUUCUUUGCGCCCAGUUUUGCAUGCUUUGCCUGAAUCAACGUCUAUGUCUACGUUCGUGCCUUCGUCUCCAUCAGCAUCUUGUGCAUCGGCCUUUGUUUCUCUACCACCUUUAUCGCGUGCUGAAAGUGUGAACGAUUUUCGCGCACCUCCCAAAUCCGUGCUUUCACCUAUCACCAAUGCCCCCGCCGCCAAGCCCAGCAAGCCACACAGGCGAAAAUGGUCCAUUGUGAGUGUGCCAGAUGAGAAUAAGUCUGAGCUUCCUCGAGUACAAGUUGAGACGAAGACAGUCGGUCUUCCGACCUUGGAACAGCAUAUUCCUUUCAACGGUAUGGUCUCGAGUGCCUCGACCCCUGCUUUAACCACAUAUACAUCAUCCCAUUCGAUUCUACGCCGGAACACCUCACGUGAGUCGCUACGUACAUCGCAGGCCGUGACGUGGCUACAGUCCGUGCUCCGCACUUGA